AUGGCAUCCGACGGCGAUAUGGCUAGCCGUUACCAGGUGAUGGAAGAGCUCGGCAGUGGCAGCUUCGGCACUGUCUACAAGGGUAUUGAGAAGGAGACUGGGGAGAUUGUGGCCAUUAAACAUAUUGACCUCGAGUCGAGUGAAGAUGACAUUGCUGAAAUUCAACAAGAAAUAUCCGUCCUAGCCGCUUGUGCAAGUCCUUACGUUACCCAGUAUAAAGCCAGUUUUCUCCGCGGUCACAAGUUAUGGAUUGUUAUGGAAUACCUCGGAGGUGGUUCAUGUUUGGAUCUGAUGAAACCAGGAACCUUCAGCGAAGCGCAUAUCGCCAUUGUUUGCCGUGAACUAUUGUUGGGGUUGGAUUAUCUUCAUCGGGAAGGGAAGAUACAUCGGGAUAUCAAAGCAGCCAACGUCCUGCUGUCUCAAUCUGGCAAAGUCAAGUUGGCGGAUUUCGGUGUUGCAGCACAGCUCUCCAAUAUCAAAUCGCAAAGAAAUACAUUUGUCGGCACUCCUUUCUGGAUGGCUCCGGAAGUAAUUCAGCAGGCUGGUUACGACUUCAAGGCAGACAUUUGGUCAUUGGGAAUAACUGCAAUGGAACUUGCAAACGGAGAGCCACCACAUGCGAGCACCCAUCCAAUGAAAGUGCUCUUUCACAUUCCCAAAGCUCCAGCUCCGCGUCUCGAAGGCAACGAAUUCAGCCAAACAUUCAAAGAUUUCGUCGCACAGUGCUUGGUGAAGGAUCCCGAUAGGCGGUACACUGCGAAGGAGCUUUUGAAACACAAGUUCGUCCGCAGCGCAGGAAAAACCGAAGCUCUGCAAGAGCUGAUUCAACGAAAGCAAGACUGGGAUAGCGGCAAGGAUCAUCUGGACGAUCCGAGAUACUAUGCUGAGACUCUGACCACAUUCUCGUCAAAGGAGGAAGAUGAUGAUGGAUGGGUGUUUGACACAGUCAAGGCACCCACGGUCAAGAGACCAGUGAUUGCCGAGGACUUUUGCGAGGACCCAUUCGUAAAGUCCGAAGAGAUGAAAUCAAUGACUCCGCAGUCCAUGUCGAAGCCUGUCGCCAAUUCUACCGUUAGACGAACACCGGCCGAAAGAUCCCCAUCCGUCAAGCGAUCGAAUACAAAGCGACGAUCCAGCGGCGUGAAACACCCACUAGGCCUCAACUUGAGCUAUGGAAACAGCCCAUCUACAGUGCGCCAAUUUCGUCGCGUCUCUGACAGAGGGAACAAUGAUCAGUCACAGCAUUAUAGCUAUCCACCGGGAUUAGAUGAGAAUGCGGCGGCCAAGACUCUGUUUACUGAACCUGUCCCGAACAGCAAAGAGGCUCAACUGGGACGAAGAGCAUAUAGCAAAGGUAUUGGCCUCGCUUGCCAGGAAAUCCUGGCCAACACUGGCGACCAGGAGAAAAGAGAGGCAAUCUCUCGACUGGCGGAGGCGUUCAGCGACCUUGAAAUGGUUGAUCCCGAAGGUUUAUAUCACAUCCUGAAGCUUUCCAACGAAAAGAUGAGGACUGAUCCCAAACUAUCCGCUCUCCUACCCGAACCGACACCGACGACGCCUCAGAAACCAAAGCUCGUUCUAGCGCAAAACAAUCCUCACCUCAAGAGCCACCGUCGUCGGCAAUCAGAACAAAUUCUGGGCGAACAAAAAGGCAGUCCCCAGGCGUCCAGCGGCAUGCCUGGGCAGCACGUUCCAGGAAUGGAGCAUACGAAACAACUUGCGGAUGUUCUCUAUCAACGCUGGAGCGAAGGUCUCCGCAAUCGAUGGCCGGCCAUCUAAGUAGACCACUUCUACCUACGAUUUGAGAAGAUCCUUUCUUUGUACAACAUUAUCAAUCACAUCCCCAUCGCCACCGAACAUCGCCCGUUUCCACCACACCUCCUUUCCGAAAGUAACCCACACUCACUCUGACCCGUUCGCAUCUCGCCAGCUUGGCCGUUGUUGUCGAUGCAAUCAUUUAUGACAUUUAAAAUCACUUAUCACCAACAACGCCAAUGUGUCCCUUGUACAUUGUUUUCCUUACAUGCAUCAUUCGUUUUCACUCUGCCUGCACAGCAUCGGAGUCUCGUUGGAUAUACUGGCAGAUACUGCCAGAAAGAAGUUAUUUACUUUCUGUCUUGUUGCCUUAUGCUGUUAUUUUGGAAGGCAUUUAUUGCCUUGAUCUUUCUGUACACUCUAGCUCUUUACGUUCGUUGAUUCCCCCGGUGUAUUUUUAUACCACCACUGCGGCUGGUCAGUACGUUUCAAUUCUCGGUCGAUUACACUUUGUGUUUGAUUAUUUUUAUCGUCCUUUGAUUCUCGAUAGAUAGUUCUGGACGCUUACUUUGUACUCUACGCGAGUGAUGUUCAUACUUUUGUUGUACCGUGAGGUACUGAAUUCCAUAGGUUAGUGUUAUGGAUAGGACACUCGAUAAUGACGA